UGUCUACAACUGUGAUCUGGGUCUAUGACUAUAUCAUCACAUUCGACGAUGAGCUGGCCUAUCUUCGCAAGUCCACGCGGGGGAAGGUCAAGAUACUGUAUCUGUUCGUAUUACUGUUUGCAUGAUUGAAAGUGUUGUAGAGGUAUUGCAACCUGCCUUGCCAUUGAGUCAAUGUCAGACAUACUUCCAGAUAAACUCAUGGCUUCAGGGAAUCACAUUGGUAGCUGCGGAAUGGAUGUUCAUUUUGAGAACGUACGCCAUCUGGGGAAGAAGCAGAAGGAUAUUGAUCAUUCUCUUGGGUUCCUUCUUCGCAAUUUUGAUCCCAGUCAUCUAUAUCUUGAAUAGCUUUGGCAACUCAGUGACAAUAUCCGAACCUCCAAUCCCUCACAUCACUAGCUGUUAUAAUGUCGGCGAAAGUCGCAUCAUUGUUGUAGCCUAUGUUUUACUAGUAGUCGCUGAAAUUGAAAUUUUGUCUUUUACACUAUACCGCUCCAUCAAACAUUACAGAAGUCUUACAAACGACAAUCACUUGCUCAAUAUUCUCAUUCAGCACAACAUAUUCUAUUUCAUCUGCGGACUCUUCUUUUCGCUUCUUGUCAUCCUGACCAUAGCGCUUCUUCCUUCUGUGUACGGUGAUAUGGCUUCAAACCUACAGGUCACGGUACAUGCCCUGCUCGUUACACGGAUGCAUCUUGAGCUUUGGAGGUCGGACCGUGCUCAGAGGUUCGUCUUGGUUGACGAUAGUAUAGCCCUCGAUACAUUGGAUUGGCAAGUUCUGAGAAGUCGCAAUCAAGAUUGGCACAGAAAUAUUCUGGCCACUUGACCUUGUCUUCGUUGUAUGGUUUUAGCAAGUUGCGUAAAUAUGUAGCUAUGUACUGUAGAGACACGUAGUCGCUAAAUAAUCAGUAACUCUCAGUAA